AUGGCAAAGCAACAAAUUUACCAACUUCGCCCUUGCGGGUGGGAAAAUGACCCCGAAGAGGAAAAGUUCAAAGUCUCUACGCUCGACUACCUCACAGCGCAAGUCUACUGCAACUAUGCCGUCUUCUUCAGGCCAUUAGAUGAGAAGACGCCUCGAGUUGUCGAGAUCCUCAAGGCUGGCCUCGAGCGGACCCUUGCUCAAGCACGGCAUAUGAACGGCUCCAUCGAGAAAGAUCCCGAAGGCGGUCACUCCUUCACUAAGAAGAAGGGGAGCACCGUCGCCUUCCAUAUCAAGUGGCUGGACGACCCUUCCGACGCUGAGAGGUAUCCAUCUUUCGACGACAUCCACAAGGCCAACUACAACGCCGUCAUACUCGGCGACCAGAGGCUCCCCGUAACCUCGGCUUUCAAAGCAAACUUCGUCCGCGGAGGCCUCGUCUUCAACAUGCACCACCAUCACUACGCCAACGAUGUCAUGGGCUGGGCCGGCUUCACACACCAACUGGCAGAGAACUGCUACGCCAUCGUCCACGGCACGCCAUUCCCUUCCUGGGACCCAGCUUGUAACGAUCUGUCCCGCCUCACCAAGCCCGAUCCUCCUGAAGAGCUCAGAGUUAGCGGUCGGCCCCCUCCAGAGCGUCAUCCUGGACACAAAGGCGGCGUCGAUCUCCUCUAUCAUCUCCCCAAGAGCAAGGCUGCGAUGUUGAAGGAGCUUGCCAAACCUAAGGACGGCACAUGGAUAUCAACGUACGAUGCCUUCGCCGCCUUCCUCUGGCGGCAUACGGUGCGUGUGCGGGCCCCAAUCUUCGAGACCGACCCGGACUCCAAGAUCUUUUGGUGCGAGCCUGUCGAUAUGCGCCGGCGAAUGCAUUCCCCGCCGCUUCCAGCUCGCAUCCAGCAGAACGUCAUGUCCGUGGCUGCCACGGCCAGUCCGCCGGUCGAACAGCCGACUGCGGAGGAGCUUAUAUCUGAGUGGCCGCUGUGGAAAGCAGCGCGGUACAUUCGUCAACUGACUGACAGCGUUACCCAAGAGGGUCUGGACAAGAUGCUUGAGCAGGUUGCGCUGGUGCGCGAAAAGGCGACUAUGAACAUCCGAAUCGACUCCUUUCCACCAAUGUCUAUUCUGCACACGGAUCAUCGCGAUGCCAACAUUGUGUCUGCGGACUUUGGCUUUAGGAAGCCUUCCGGGUACAGGCAUUUGAUGGACCAAGUGACCCAAGGUGUCGUGGUGAUCUAUCCUCCGCGAGACCCUUCUCUGGAGUCGGAUGAGGGCCCGGAGUUUGCAAUCUCGUUCGAGAGGGAUCUGGCCCACUUGCUGCUUGGAGGGCCGGAAUUCAAUGAGUAUUUCGAGUAUCGUGGGGUUGAUAUCGAGUAG